AAAUAUUCGAAAAAUAUAUACCAAGUUACUUAGAAGAAUGGACCAUAAAAGGAAAGAUUACCAAUAAUCAUAUCCAGGAACAAUUUCCUAAUCAAGAAAUUUUUGAAGAAUACAAAACGCCAUAUGACAGUGAUGAACAAAACAAUUCGGCUAAAAAACCGAAUUACCUGUGA